AUGGAUCCCCGAAUUCAUAGGAGGUCAGAGCCGGAAAAAGAAUCUGGUGAUUUGAUUAUAGAAUGGCUAAACGAAGCCUCUAUGAGCACUACCGAGGUGACGAAGGUUGCGAAUUUAGCUAAGGCUCAAGAAGUUCUUGUAAAUAAAGAACCGCAUUUGCUUAAUUUAUACUUGGAUGAGGUAUUGCAGUUUGCUUGUGAUAGGAAUGCCGAGGUGCGAAAGACCAUAGCGGGAUUUAUCGAUGAUACUGGAGUAAAACAUCCAGAUGUUAUUCCUUGCAUGGUACAUGUUUUAUCGAGGCUAGUUUCUGAUGAUGCAUCUGCAGUUUCGAAGCGAGCUCUAAGGGCAAGCAGUCGAAUUCUCAGAGCUGCUUUGAAAUGGAUAGCAAGCGCCUCUUUAGUGACACCUGAAAUGGAAAUGGCAUGGACGCAGCUUAGUAUGCUCAAGGUUCAAAUUAUAAAUAUGAUUGACAGUGACAAUGAUGGGAUCAGGACGCAAGCGGUGAAGUUCUUAGAAGGCGUUGUUCUAAUACAGACGUACCCUGAUCCUGAUGCUCCAAAGAAACCUGAUGAUUUUUCUUUGGAAGAUGUGCCGUUGACUCUCAAAAUUGCUCGUAGACGAAAAUUGGAAGAGGAAGCUAAUCAUGUAAUGGAAUUGUUAAUUAAAUUUCACGGUUCUCCACAUGUCAGUAGCGUAAAUCUGAUGACGUGCAUGGGAUCGCUGGCGCUUAUCGCUAAAACGCGCCCUCAAUUUAUGCCAGGAGUAAUUCAAGCUUUGCAGAGGCUUCAACAUGAUCUACCACCGACACUUUCUGACUCUCAAGUAACAAGUGUUCAGAAACAACUGAAGCUUACUCUACUUGGCUUGAUGAAACAUCCUGCAAGCUUGGAGUUUGCUUCAUCGAUAGCCCGACAGUUGAGCCAGCUUGGAGCAAAGGAACAAGAGAUUGUCAAGGCAUACCCAAAACCAGAAGAUAUUCGCCGAAUGAAGAAAAGGCAACAGGAAACUGCAGCGGCUAAUGCUGCGAAACGAGCGAAAUUGGAGGCAAUUCCUAUUCUUCCUGAAGAACCCGAGCCUCCAGUAGUUCCUGUGCAGCCUCCAAAACCUCCAGAACUAAUCGAGCUCCCGGAGAGUUAUAUUGCAGAAAGAUUAAGUGUAGAAAUUGCAACAGAUCUUGUUAUGGACAGUAUGGCAUGGGUACCAGAUACAAUGACUGCAAUCUUCCAACGAGACUAUCAACCAAGUGCUACGACAGAUAUAACUAUUCAGCGACAAACCAUUGCUAAACUGUUAGCGAAUCAAAUCAAGCAAGCAAAAGCGAAGAAAACCAAGAAAGAUGCAAAGGAUGAGGAAGCUGUCAUGGAAGAUUUGAUUAAAAAUCCAACGAUAAGCGUGGCUGAAGCAAAGAGGGAACGGAAGCGGGAGAAAGACAGGGAAAAGGAGAAGGAAGCAAGGGCAACGCUUGAGGCUGAGAAAUCGCUUGCGAAAGCUAGAAAUAGAUUAAAAUCCUUAAAGUUGUCAGAAGUUACGAAGCCUCUUUCAAAGGAGAUGAAAGAGAAGAUGCUAUUAAUGGCGGUGAACAGAAUCCUUUUUGCAGAAAAGGUUGCGAUCCUUGGUGGCGUAGCUCCUGUCAGGUCCAAAAUUUUAACAACUCUGGCUGCAACCUUUAAUCCAUAUAUCAAAGAGUCUGUUCUUCGUUACAUUACGGAUGACAUGCGUACUCGAUUGGACCUGGCGUUGGGGUGGCUUUACGAGGAGUAUGCAUUACUUCAGGGUUUUCAGAGGAGAACUACUUUGUGUACGAAACCUCAGGAAGCUCCACACCAAGCGUAUAAUUUUUUACUUUGCACUUUAGUGUCCGCAAUCGAUUUAAUCCAGGGCAAAGAUAGAGAUACGUUACUUUCAAGGUUAUAUUUGGAAGCACCGCUCAUCACUGAAGAUGCUGUGGAAGCAUUGAAAUUAGUGUCAUCGGAUGAAACCCGAGGACUUGCACCUUUGCAGCUCCUUAAGGAGAUGGUCAUUCGCCGGCCCACAAAACAAUUAGUUUUCUUGAAUGUACUGCUCUGUCACACUGGCCACGAAAACAAUACGAUAAGGGAGGCAGCGAUUCGAUUAGUCGUAGAGCUAUAUGCACGUCCCGAGCUGAGUAAAUUGAUAGAAGAGUAUGCAGUUCUCUAUUUGGGUUUCUUGAGGCUACAUAAUCCACCAGAAAUAGUAUUUGGGCAAGACAGAGGCAGGCCUCAAAUUGAAGACCUAUGGUCAGAGUCAACUACGAGGGCAUGUCUUGGAUUGUAUCUGGCUCUCUUAACAGAACAUCAAGACCUCAUUUACGAAUUGGCACGUGUAUAUACGUCAAUGGGACCAGAUGUGAAAAGGAUGGUUCUUCGAUUAGUGGAAGGUCCUGUCAGGUCCCUGGGUAUGGGAAGCCCUCAGCUUUUGGCGCUUGUAGAAAACUGUCCAAAAGGAGCAGAGACAUUAGUUACUCGAAUUAUCCACAUUUUGACGGAGAAAUCUCCUCCAAGUGCAGAAUUGGUAGCCAGAGUAAGGGAGCUCUAUCAGACCAGAGUCUCCGAUGUAAGAUUCUUGAUACCAGUACUAAAUGGGCUAACGAAGAAAGAAGUCAUUGCAGCACUGCCAAAAUUAAUUAAACUGAACCCUAUUGUCGUCAAAGAGGUGUUCAACAGGUUACUGGGGAAUCACAACAAUGAUGGCAGUAUACCACAUACAUCUCCGAUAACACCAGCUGAAUUGUUAAUCGCUUUGCACAGUAUCGACCCAACGAAAGCAGAGCUGAAAACUGUAAUAAAAGCCACUUCAUUGUGCUUUGCUGAGAAGCAAGCAUACACUCAAGAGACCGUAGCAGUUGUAAUGCAACAUCUCAUGGAUAUGACACCACUGCCUACGUUACUCAUGCGAACAGUUAUCCAGAGUUUGGCACUGUAUCCAAGACUCAGUGGGUUCGUCAUGAACAUUCUCCAACGUCUCAUUCUUAAGCAAGUGUGGAAGCAACCAAAGGUCUGGGAAGGAUUCGUAAAAUGUUGCGAACGCACUCAACCUCAAAGUUUCGCAGUGAUCCUACAACUGCCUCCAGUUCAGCUCGCCGAAGCUCUUAAAAUGGCGCCAGGAUUAAAGGCUCCACUUCUCGCACAUGUAGAAUCGUUUGCUGAAAAUCAGAAAGCACACAUUCCACAAUCAAUAAUGGAUGUCAUUCAAGGAAAAUCACUAUGUGAUCCAAAUGAUGAUUUUGAUAUCGCACCUCCGGGAGACUACUCAAUUGAAAAGGCUGAAUCGAUGGAAAUUGAUCUAUCGGAGCCUGCACCGCCAGGAUUGGAUUAACAUCCAAUUUAGUAAACUUCGAGUAUACAGGAGACUCCGUGACGUCUUUUAAGAAUGUGAACCUCACUGAGUGAAGGCCUGAACUUUUAUUUCGAGAAAAAUGAAUAUUUAAGAACGUCAACGACUGAAUAAUGCAACGCACUUGUAUCGCCAGUGCAUAUAAAUAUCUUUCAAAUGGACUAAUGAAAGUCGUCACACUAGGAAUUCUUGAAGUCUCACAAGUGACAGUUCAGUUGGUGAAAAGACAAGGAGAAAGUAACUUUAACGCGAAAAGGGAUAUCAAAAUAUAAACGACAUUACGGAAAGAGUGAGUCAACGGCUUCUUCAAGAAAUUAUGUUUUUUAAGUCCCAAUCCCAGGUCUGAACCCUUGCAACAAAUCUUUAUUUACAGUCUGUUAAUAACAAUCUACUAAUAGUUAGUACAUGCUGCUGGAUAUAUUCAUGGUCGAAGAGCAUCGCUUGGAAUUCUGGUAAAGUAGGAACGUUGUCCCAAGGCAUUUGAAUCCCUGCAAAAAUAGGACGUCUCCUACUUAACCUCAAAACUGUUACUUGGGCGAUACACCGACAUUAGGAUAUUUUAAAUAUAAUGUACACUCCUGCGUACAUCGAGAAGAAGUUAUCUAGGUGCCGCUAAAAUAUAUAAUAUAUUCCGUAAA